AUGAAAAAUAUUCCAUAUGCUUCAACUGUUGGAAGUCUUAUGUAUGCUCAAGUUUGUACUAGAAUUGACGUUGCAUUUGUAGUUGGAGUUUUAGGAAGAUAUCAGAGUAAUCCAGGUGUUGACCAUUGGAAAGCUGUAAAGAAAGUAAUGAGAUAUCUUCAAGGAACAAUAGAUUUCAUGCCCAUGUAUAGACGAACUAAUAAUUUAGAAGUGAUAAGCUACUCUAAUUCAGACUUUGUUAGUUGUGUUGAUACUAGAAAAUCUACAUCUGGCUAUGUUUUCAUAUUAGUUUGCGGAGUUGUAUCUUGGAGUGCCAAAAAGAAAACCAUGACUGCUACUUCUACAAUGGAGUUGUUUCUUGUUUUGAAGCUACUUCACAUGAUGUAUGGUUGA